UGUAGUGUUAAAAAUAUGUCGAUCAUUUCGAUUGGAGGGCAAGGCCAGUCCGAUCUUACCGAAGACACUGUCCAUCAAUUAGCUGCACGUCUAUCUGUGGACAUCACCAACGCAAAUGAUGCUAAGGACUAUCUUGUCCUCCUUAGAUCUCUAGAGUCAGUCUUGAAGCAUGUCAAAGAUGCUCCAGACUAUAUCCAUCCCGAACUUACGCCACAAUCCGUGGUUGGUGGGUCGCGAGAGUAUUGGAAGCCACGCGACGGCGACAAUCCAAUGAACGCAUGGAGCUUUCAGUGCAAUCUGAAAUCAUCUAAUCCAACUUCCGAGUUAUUAAAAGACAUUACCAUUGCAAUUAAGGAUAACAUCUCAGUUGGUGGUUUGCCGACCACAUUGGGAACAUUUGCCGAGGUCUUAUCUCACGAUGGAUCUUUCCCCGUAUCUCCUAUUGAUUCUUCAGUGGUCGCCCGUAUCUUGUCAGCCGGAGGGGUGAUCAGGGGCUCGUCAACUUGCGAAAACCAUUGCGCGUCUCCGCUAUCAUUUACAUCUGCCAGUGGCCCUGUACACCAUCCUCUCCUUCAUGGAUACACUUCUGGUGGGAGUAGCAGUGGUUCCUGCGCACUCGUUACAGCGCAUGCUUUAAAGCGACAAGGACUAAAUAAGCAAUGGGGGGACACAGUUGAAUUUGCAAUCGGUAGCGACCAGGCGGGCUCGGUCAGGAUUCCAGCUUCGUUCACUGGUAUCUAUGGACUGAAGCCAACAUUUGGUCUAGUACCCUACACGGGUGCAGGUUCUAUGUCACCUAUGAUAGACCAUCUUGGGCCUAUCGCGCCCUCCUUAGAGGGUAUUGCGACUUUGCUGAAGGUCAUGGCCGGGUAUGAUGGUCUGGACCCACGAAUGACACCUGAAUCGCCACUAUUGAACCAGGUGAAAGAUUAUCCCCAGAUUUUGGCAGAUUUUAGAGCCAGGCUUCGAAAUUCUAGCACACAAGAGAGGAAACCUUUACGAGUCGGGUUUUUAACGGAAUCAUUUGUUGUCGCGGGAUUGAGCGCGUCGGUACGCGACACCGUGCGUCUUGCCGCUAAAUCUUUCGAAGCCGCAGGGGCUGAGGUUAUGGAAAUAUCCAUCCCGCUUCAUUCUGAAGGACCUAUCAUUUGGACCGCUUCAACUCGGCCAUCGAUGUCUGAGUCUCUCUGCCAAGGCAAAACCGGUGGCCAUUUAUCAUAUUUGCCACCGCAUCUCCGACCACAAUUUCCUCCAACUCAACAGACCUUCGAGAUGCAGUCAAAAUCAAACCCCGCCUUGGUCAACAUUAUUUUGAGUGGUGAGUUUGCGCAUAGUCACUUUGGCUCAUGGGUUGAAGGGAAAGCACACCAUAAGGUCUUCGAGCUUCGAUCAGCUUACGAUCGAGCGCUCGAAGUCGUUGAUGUUCUCGUAACUCCUUGUGCCCCAAAACUCUCCAUGCCGCAUCCCAAUCCAGAGUCUGGGAUCUUGGAGAAACUCAGUAGCUCUAUCGGAGUCACGAGUAAUACAUGCCCAUUCAAUGUCACUGGCCAUCCGGCGCUUAGCGUGCCUUGUGGGUCUGCAGCAAAUCCGGAACAUCCUGAUAUCAAAUUUCCUAUCGGGAUGCAAGUUAUCGGGAGGAGAUGGGAAGAUGAGACCGUGCUUAUGGCUGCAGCAUUGUUUGAAGUAGGUAGGAAAUUAUUGGGGGCAUGAAUGAUAUCCACAAGAUAGUUCAUAGUCUAGGUACCUAGAUAGUAAUAACCAUU